GUAAGACCCGGGAUAGAACCUAAUCACUAGGAACGCCGAGGCGGCGCAGACCAUCUGCUCGCGAGGGUAGCGGAUUAUCGGAUGACGCUACUACAUCGGGUGAACGUCAGCGAACUUCCUCGGAACCACCUCAAGGCGGAAACAGGCAACGCCGGCAGGGAAGUGAACCGGAUCCAGACGGUGAGUCGCGAGAAAGAGGAACGCCAUCACAUCCGGCACGAACACACCGGGGAAGGGGAUCGGGACGAACGGGUACUCCGGGUGCCGAUGACCGAGCGACCAGGAACGGGGACGCUGGAGGAAGCAUGGAACCUGGCGCCACGGGGAAUAGAAGCGAGCACCCUCGUUCCAGUACCAGAUGCGGAGUGUGCUCGGGUGAGGUCAUCGAGGGACACCGUGUGGUGCAACCCACUUGCGGGCAUCCCAUCCACGCAAGAUGCGUACUAA